AUGAAACUAUUAUCCCUUCUUCCUUUGACUCUUCUGUCUACUCUUGUCUCCUCGGCGGCAAUCCCUGAACCACAAAACUUUCAAUACAUUGCGAAAAGAUACGUCAAUGAAUCUGCUGUAGAGACAUUGGCCUCUGAUACAGACAUUCUUACUACCUUGACUGAAACAAACUCAAACGGUGAAGACUACACUACUCUCUCUACCAUAACUUCUACCAUCUUUGUCACCCAAACCAAGUCCUCAGCUGCAGCUGCAAACGCGCUUACAACCGCCGCUGCUUCUGCUUCCUCGGCUGUCAGUCCUAGUGCCUCUCUUUCAGCUGUAGGCUCUACUGGACUUGCCGACACUCUAUCUCAGAACAAGGCUGCACAAAUCGCCAGUGCCACUUCUGGGAUUCCAUCCUCUAUCUUGCAAAGUUUGUGUCCUGCGCCAUCAACUGUUACCGUCACCGUCACUGCUGGUCUCUCUAGCUCUGGUUCUGCUAACAUACAAUUGUCAGAAGUUACUCUUCUUUCUACCGGAGUUUCUACCACCACUGUCACAAUUCCUGUAACGGCAACUUUCACCAUUAGUAGUGGAUCCUCCGUGAGUUUUUACACCGCUUCUUCCAUGGUAGCCACUGCCCUGGAGCAAACUACUAUCGUGACUAUUACACACACAAACACUCUCACUUCAACUGCCGCUACUUCCACUGGUACUUUUACCGGUACCGCACCAGCAGGCGGUAAUGCAGCUGCUAAUGGGGGUAUUGCAUUUAACACUGAUUCCACCGAGUAUGUCACAACCACGAUAACAUCUACUGCAUACUCAACAAGAAACCCAUCAUCCUCUUUGACAGAGGCUGCCGCUGCUGCUACCACUACACCAGCAGCUACUACUUCUGCUCCAGCAGAUACCGCUUCUGCUCCAGCAGAUACUACGACUGGUUUCCCGACCGUCACUUCUUCCGAUGGUAGCUCUGGCUACCACAAUGGAACCUAUAAUGUUCCAACUUUGAAAAGUGAGAGCGAUACAACCACCACUUUAAUGAAGCGUGGUUUUCUAUGGUGA